UUGAGUCCCUGAAGGUUGGCGCGAGCUGGAAGAGGAGCGCGCGGGCCUCGGGGAAUCCCGGAGGGCGGGACUGGCGUCGCCCCACUGAUGUACUUCCAGAGUGCUCUGUGAAUUUCCAAGGGCAACAAAAAAUGAAUCCAUCUCUGGGGUUGGUGUUGUUUGAGGACGUCGCUGUGGACUUCACCUGGGAGGAGUGGCAGGACCUGGAUGAUGCUCAGAAGACCCUGUACAGGGACGUGAUGCUGGAGACCUACAGCAGCCUGGUGUCCUUGGGGCACUGUGUCACCAAACCCGAGGUGAUCUUCAAGUUGGAGCGAGGAGCAGAGCCAUGGAUGGUAGAAGAGUCCUCAAAGCAGAGCCUCCCAGGUAUUCACCUGGACUGCUGGGAAGAGGCACAAGGGCCCUGCCAAGCAGAGAGUGAUGCACGCUCAGCCCACAACCUGCCUUCCCUGAUCCACACGUCAGCCUCUGCAACCCACCACAGACGUCCCACAGUGCGGACAGAGCUUCCCCUCCUCAGGACCCAUUCAGGAGAGGCCAUGGGGCUCCUGGGGGCUGCAACAGUG